AUGUCUAAUAAAAACUUAUUUUUAAAGUCUGGCUUUGUUAGGGCUCCGAUACAAAAUGGUGUAGGUCGUUACGUAUGUCAGUUGCAAAGAAUUGUGCUUAAAUUCUGUAAAAGCCAUGGUGCUAGUCGUGGAUUAAGAGAUUUCAUUGAACAGGAUCUAGUAGAAUUUGCGAGGCAUAAUCCCAGUGUUGUGGUGUACUUGAAGCCCCGCAGACAUCGGGGCCCAGUUGUGGUCGGCGAAUACCUAAAUGGGGACAGAGUAUGGAUGAGUGUGCACAAUAAAACUCACUCGGAAAUAACGAAAUGGAUAGAAGUCUUAAGAACUCAACAAGGUGAUAUUGCAUCUACACGUCUCAGGAAGUAUCAGUAUACAGACUACCCUUCCGUCCAGGGGCCUUGGACUCCCUUCACUUUUAAAGACCCAGAACUAAAUAUAGCCAAUCUGCCCGAUCCUAAAUUUGGUGCAAACAAUAGAUUGCCGAUGUCAGCCACAGAACAGUUAAGAAUUAUGUUUGAGAAACAAAAGAUUAAUGAUGAAGAAGUGAAAACAGCAGAA